CAAUGAGGCGGUCUAGAUCACUAAAACUUUUCAAGCGACACUUUUCUGUUCCUGCUUUAACCAUGAUGACACCAUCAUUGGACGAGACAUUCUCUUGAUAGUAGGCUUCCACUGCCCGUUUCAGUAGCUCUAACCUCUGAGCGGUCAAGUCCUCUCGAAUUGUUAUGCCAGUACAUUUUAGACCUUUUUUGGCAGUGAACAUAGCCCUGCGCGGCGCAUAACCAAUAAACUUGAUUAUUAUCGGUCUAGGCUUCUUGCUUUUCCUCUUGCCAAUUCUAUGAGAGCGAUCGAUCUGAGACUGUUCGAUGCUGACACCAAUUUGCGCGGCCACUUUAACAACUAGUUCGUCUGUGUUUUCAUCUCUGGAUGUAAAAUAUGAGUACGACACACUAGUGGAGCAAACAAAAGACUAAUUGAAAGGUGCGGGAGGCAAUAUUUGAGUGUUAUCAUUGAUUGAACGUGACCACAAUAUGGUCUUUUAACGUUGUACUAGGUGUACGUGAUUUGAACUAUCGCAACUUUACACGUAUCUCAUUUGAAGGUAAAUAAAACCAUCGCGUUUCAAAAACCUAGCAAAUUCGACAAGAAAAAAUAAAAUUUUUAGGAACUCCCAAAUGGCCCGUAUUCUGAGAAUCAUCCUAAAGACCCUCAUAUACCUUGCUUGUCGUCACCACAUAUUGGAGUUGAUACCCAAAGCUCUGUUCGACAAGUUGGUUGAGAAAGCAUCUAGUCCGGAUUUCGGCGCUUUGUGUAAAUCUCUGCAGGAUAAGUGGGAGGGUAUAGGGUGUUCCAGGCUAUCUUUACCGGAAGUGAAAAAGAAGAAACUCACUACUUUAUCUGUAUCCGGUGUUGCCGUCAGUAUGAAAAAUUGAGGUGAAGUUGUGCUUCGCAACACGGAGGUUGACGGAGGUGUUAUUCGCAGUCAGUUUUCCGUCAGUAAAAACAAACAGUCUUGUCUGCUAUCGUAGUCACUCUACAAAUGAUUACAAAAGAAACUAACAAUAACAAUGAACAGGCCGGUAAGUGUGUGCGUCAAAAGAUAAUAUCGUCCAGCUUUGAUCGCGAAUAUUACGCGAGAGGGAAGAACCGUGUACAUGAGCCUCCAGACAACAGUUUUGUUGACAUCAUAACCUCUGUCCUGCUUGGUUUCUUUUACUUAAUUGUGACAUUUUGUAAUCUAGUUCCACCCGCCAUCUCUGGUCGGGCAUUUAAUUAUGGUUUGCACUACCCAUAAAGUGACAGUUUUAGUCAUGACAUUUCUUGGGACACACAAUUUGAAGUGCCCAAAAUCUUGGGUGUGGGGUCUAUGUUGUUGCCUCAAACACAUUUAAGAAUUUUAAAAUGUGUAUUGUCAACAUGCUGAAAGACCAUUUUAAAGUAAAGAGCGUAGCUCUGAAUUUUGAAAGGUAUUUUAAGAUCUUGCCAUUCAUUUUAAAAUUCUAAAGACCAGUUGGUUUGUACAGAAGAAACGUGAUAUUGAGCAGGUUCGAGUUGGGGUUGGGGUUGGGGCAUCAAGUAGCCCACCAAAAAAGGUAAGAGUGAGCAGUGAAUCGCAUUUAUUGUAAACAAGGCAAAACCAGACUCAAAUUUAUUUGUUCUUUUUCAGAUCCACAGGCAAGUGUCUCUUUUGAAAGUAAAUCGGCCAGACUUGUUACUGAGUUGUGCUGAGAAACUCCAACCAAUUCGACUAGAACCCAGUAACGAGCCCUUAAAGAUCAAAUUGAGGAGGUCUUUGAAGAAGCGCCCCACUGGGUCCGAGUUUAGUACUUACUCUAUCAAGAAAAACGAAUAUGUUCACAUCCCAGAACCCAGUGGCCCGCCUCUAAAGAUAAAAUUAAGGAGGUCUCUGCAGCAGAAGCGACCCACUGGGUCUGAGUUUAGUGCAUACUCUAUCAAGAAAAAUGAAGUUGAGGAUAACGUCCCAGAACCCAGUGGCCCGCCCCUAAAGUUAAAAUUGAGGAGGUUUAUGCAGAAGCGCCCCACUGGGUCUGAGUGUAGUGCUUACUCUAUCAAGAGAAAUAAAAGUGAUGGCUGUGAAAUUUUGGAUCCAGAUUCAGAGACUGAUUCACCCCGGCACACUCACUGUGGCCUGAUAAACAUAAAAAUGACUUGCUUUUUAAAUGCAACUCUCCAAGCUUUGUUUCAUGUGCCUGCUUUUUCUGAGUUUGUUCUUAGUGAGGAACAUGAAAAGAAAUGUCUGCAUUCAAGCUGUCUCAGGUGUGCUUUGAGAGUUACAUUAACUAGUAUGGUCAGCAGCACUGAAUCAGCAAUUAGCCCCUCUCUAGUAUUGGCAAUUCUGCCAGAUUUUUGGGAAGAAUUUAUUCUUGGAGAGCAACAAGACGCUCACGAGCUGCUCAUCAAAUUCCUAUGUGUUCUAGGAAAGCAGGUUUCCUCCACUGAAGAGCUUAGCUCCAUCUUUGGGGGAGUUCUAGACAGAAGAGGUGUUUUCCAAUGCAUCUCUAGAUGAAUUAUUGCACUUAAGAAAAGGCUUAUACAUAGCUAUCUAUGAAUUGGAAGGCUUCACAACGGUAAUGUUUGGUUUGCCAAUAUAGUUAGACAUCACAUUUUCCUUUUGAAUUUUUUUUCCAAUUUCUCCCGUUCUUCUUCUUUUUUAUUCCCUCUCCCCUAGGAAACAAAUAUCCCUGACUUAUUGUGUGGUGAUGGAGCAGCGAUACCUCACAAUAACAGCCCACCACUUCCAGACAUUCUGUCAGAUCUCGAUACAAUGCCUUCAGCAGCUAUACCUGUUAAACCACCUGUAAGACCCUAUAUUGUUUGAACUUAAUACUACUUCAAACUAUUAAACAGAUGAUAGAAGUAUACUUAUCAUCUUUGUCUGAUUCUGGUUA